GCUCCGCGCCGGGCGAGUGGAAGGAAAGAAAAAGCGAAAGAGUCCCAGCCUCCCACCCCCGCCGCCAACGACAUGAGGGAAAAAGGGCGCAGGAAGAAGGGCAGGACCUGGGCCGAGGCCGCCCGGACGGGUCUGCCCAGCUGUAUUCGAGAGAGACUGAGGAGCUGUAGGAGUUUGUUCUGAGAUAUUUCUGUUCAUUACAGCCAGGCAAACAGCCUCGUCAUCAGCUCUUCAAACUCAAGGAGAGGCUCUUGGUGUUAGUUCUCACUUCAGGUCCUGGAGAAGUAUCCUAAUACACCUAUGAGCCAUAAAGAGAUUCUUCAAGUUAUCCAGAAAGAAGGACUUAAAGAAAUCAGAAGUGGGACUUCUCCUCUUGCAUGCCUGAAUGCUAUGUUACAUACAAACUCCCGAGGGGAAGAGGGCAUUUUCUAUAAGGUCCCGGGUCGAAUGGGAGUGUACACUCUGAAGAAGGACGUUCCGGAUGGGCUGAAGGAGCUCUCAGAUGGCUCGGAGGAAAGCAGCGACGCGCAGUCCGACUCCCAGAGCUCUGAGAACAGCAGCAGCAGCAGCAGCAGCGAUGGGUGCACAAACAAGGAUGGGAAGAAAAGCAGGUGGAAAAGGAAAGUGUCAUCGAGACUGUCACAGACGUCCUCCCCUCAGACAAGCUGCCAGUCACCUUCCAUCCAGACAGGCAAAGUCAUCUCCUCAUCCCAGAAGCACAGCAAGAAGGCUCUCAAACAGGCCUUGAAACAGCAGCAGCAGAAGCAGCAGCAGCAGCAAUGCAGAGCAGGCAUGCCGGUGUCCUCUAACCAGCACGUCCUGCUGAAGGCUGUCAAGGCAGCCAGUGUCUCCACACCCACAAAACCUGCUUGGGUAGGAAAGCAAUCCGAUGGACACUCUAACAGCUCUCAGAACUCCACCUCCAGUUCCUCUGCCUCUGUUAAGCUUGACAACUCCUUGCCAGGCCUGGGAAAGAAACCAUUCCAGAGAUCUGACAGGCUCCACGCAAGGCAGCUGAAGAGGACAAAGUGCGCUGAAAUUGACGUGGAAACUCCCGACUCCAUCCUGGUGAACACCAACCUGCGGGCGCUGAUCAACAAGCACACGUUCUCCGUUCUGCCCACAGAGUGCCAGCAGCGCCUGCUGCUGCUGCUGCCGGAGGUGGACAGGCAGGUUGGGGCAGAUGGUUUGAUGAAGCUGAGUGGUUCGGCUUUGAACAAUGAGUUCUUCACUUCAGCUGCCCAGGGAUGGAAGGAGAGGUUGUCAGAAGGUGAGUUCACACCAGAAAUGCAGCUAAGAAUACGUCAAGAGAUAGAAAAGGAAAAGAAGGUUGAGCUGUGGAAGGAACAUUUUUUUGAGAGCUACUAUGGCCAAAGUUCUGGAUUAAGCCCUGAAGAGUCCGAGAGACUGACAGCCAACACCGGCGCUGAUGACACAGAGGCUGAAAAGCCAGCAGCACAACAGCCAAAAUGCACGCCAGUCAAAGAGGAGAUGACUUCUCCAUCAGAGACUAAAGCACAAGUGGUCCAGGAAGCACCCGCAGUGAAAAAGGGAGGAGAGGAGAGAAGAGGAGAAGAGGAGAGAAGAGAGGAGAUGCAGCCCAAAGCGGCCAAACCUGCCGAGGCCUCAGUUUCCCCAGCUGGGUGUGCAGCGAAGCCCAGCGACCACCAGAUCCAAGAGAGGAUCCAAGGAGAACCCAUCCAAGAGAAACCACAACCUGCUGUGAGCCAAAAGCUGGAAGAAGAGAGGAAGCGUGCUGCAUCCAAGGAAGCGAAGGAGGCUGUGCGUGCCCCCGUUUUGGCCCCGAGCAAACCAAAGAGCCCUGAAGCAGCAGGUGAAGCAGCGGCAAAGGCCACGAGCCCAGCGGUCGCUCCAGCGACGCCAGAAAAGCAGCCCCCUGUAAAUGAAGAAAUGGAGGUCAGUGUUGAAGGCCAUAAGAGGAAGUCGGAGAGCCGUGACGAAGCUCUGAGCACGCCGGAGAAGAAGCCGCGCAUUGCGGAGAAGUGCCAGCAGCAGCAGCCGGCGUUUCGCAGCCCAGCGCAGUCCUUUCCCGCUUCCCCGGCGCCACGCGUGCCCCCGCUCAAGAUUCCCGUUUCCCGAAUCUCCCCCAUGCCAUUUCCUGCGGGCCAGGUCUCUCCCAGGGUACGUUUCCCAGCCUCACUCAUCAGUCCGGCCAGAACAGGGGCCAGAACCUUGGCGGACAUCAAGGCCAAAGCCCAGCAGGUCAGGGCUCAGAGGGCAGCGGCCGCCGCAGCCGCAGCCGCCGCUUCUUCGGGGGGAGCAGUCCCAGGGCCGGGCCCCGGUGGGGGCCCAGCGGGCGGUGGAGGGAAGGGUAACGCAGCGACGAGCGGAGCCGGCGAAACUGGAACGCGAGGAAACGCACUGGAACUGGCAGGAACUGGAAGCGGGGGAAGUUCGAGAAGGUUUCUUCCACACUGCCCAGGGACCCAUUCCCCAAUGGAGACCCAGGAGCAGCCGGCAACCCCCAAUCUUUCUAGAGCACAACUACAGCAAACUCCCACAUUGCAAUCCAGAAGCGCAGCUGGCAACACAGGCACCAACUGCUCCUCCCCAGCGGUGUCAGCGAUAGAGCAAAUCAGAAUCAAACAGAGCCCCCCAAACGUGGCUGUCAAUCAGGUUUCGGGCUCCUCGUGUGCUGGUGGCUGUGACAAACAAGAGAAAGCACCUUCUGCUCCGGCAGGCCCCGGCCAGGCCUGCGGGGCAUCAACUGUCAGGGAUGGAACAACUUGUGUCACUGUGUCCUCAGCAGAUAGCAACGCCAACGUCACCAAGGUAGCACCCGCGGCCUUAGGAGGGACCAGCUCAGAUGUCCCUAAAGGCACAUCUCCUUCCCCUCUGAUGCCUUUGCUGACCCCCACUAGCUCGGAAGCCCAGGCUGGAGUUGCGGUGGCGUCAGCUCCAUCUGCCCCAUGCUCCAACACCUUGUCAGCAGCACCUAGCCUUAAAACCCAUCCGAGUUCAAGCGGGGCCCUCCCAAAAGCAAGUUCCAGUAUUCCUGCCAACAACCCUCUGGUCACCCAGCUUCUUCAAGGCAAGAGCGUCCCCCUGGAGCAAAUCCUGCCGAAGCCUCUCACCAAAGCGGAAAUGAAAGCUGUCCCGUCAGCUUCUAACGAAGAGAAAGGGGCGGCAGCACCCAGCGUAGCAGGGAGUGGUGCUGGAGCCGAAGGUGGUGAAAGGCAAUCGGGGUUAUCCCCACAGCAGCUCGGGAAGAUCUUUUGCCAGAGCAGACCUCUGCCUCACAUUCCAAGGACAUUUCUGCUCCCCGCGGGAAAGGAGCCCGGUGCUGACCAGCACCCAGAGGCGCUCAGUAAAACAACGCAGGAGCAGAUCCUUCAGACGCUCAUCAAGAGGGUCCAGAGGCAGAAUUUGCUCCCAGUCCUUCAGCCUUCCCAAGUGAACCUCACGCACUCAGGUUUCCAGCUGGAAAACAGCUCCUCCAGCCAGAGAUUUGUGCUGGGUUUCAUGGGCAGAAGGACAUCCAAGCCCGCUAUGUCUGGUCAUUACCUGCUCAACAUUUCCACCUAUGGCCGCGGUUCGGAGAGUUUGAGGAGAGGCUUCUCUUUGAACCCUGAAAGCCGCUUGUGUCUGAGCAGCCCUGCUGCUGGUCCAAAAGCAGAAUUUGGGGAAUGUGAGGAGAUGCCGGGCCAUGGCAGCAGCAGCGAGGAAGGAGAUGGGGACGAUGAGAGCACCGGUGAUGAACAUGAGCAUGUCAGCGUAAAAGAGGAGCCCCAGGCUUCCCAGGUGGCUGCUCCAUGUGAAAAAGAACAGGUAUCGCACGGUGCGAAUUCCUCAGAUUACAGCAUCCUUGCUAAGAAGGGCAUGAAGACGGAAGCCGCCGUGUCUCAGCAGGCAGCCAGCAGCAGGGAGAACAUUCAGGCGUUGGAUGGAACGGCGUUGGCACGAGAUUUUAUUCAGGCCGCUCAAGAGCAAAUGGUGCACACAGUGAAGGGAAAAACGCACAGCAGCCCUGAGCUCUUCAGCUCUUCUACACCGUCCUCGGACUCUGCGCAGCCGCAGCUUCCCCAGCUUUCUCACCCCCACCCUCCGAAGCUGGGCGCAGAUGCUGCGGCUGCGCAGCUCGUCGGGCCCAGCUACAGCGGCACAAUAAACGUCUCCACCUCCCCGGACGUGAACCAGGGCUCUCUCAUGAGCGGGCUCUCCGAGUGCAAUCAGUUGUCCAGUAGCAUGGGGAACGUCAUGUCCUUCUCUGUGACUGUAACCACCAUUCCCACCAGCCAAGCCAUGAACUCUGGCAACCACAGCCAGACCAUCCCGGUUCAGGCCUUUGCUGAAGACAGCAGCAUGGAGGACUCCCCUUCCAAGUGUUACUGCAGGUUGAAAGCCAUGAUCAUGUGCAAGGGCUGCGGCGCCUUCUGCCAUGAUGACUGCAUUGGCCCCUCUAAGCUCUGUGUCUCCUGCCUGGUUGUGCGGUAACCGGGACGUGACGUGGGAAGAGGAAGGGCUCCGUGUUGGGUUUGCUUUUGGAAGUACAUUGGGAAGAAACAGGAAAUUUACUGCCUUGCACAAGAGACACGUUACUGAAUCAGGAAUACAGAGUAGAGUUCUUCUUUCAUUAAAGAAAGAGCACCUUCUUGUACAGUGAGUCUAAACUGAGCUCAACUACGUGAAUUGUGACAAGAGUUUGCACUUAAGGAAUUAUGUAAAUAUGUCACAUUAUUUUGUUUAAAAAUAUUUUUUCAAUCUUUUAGGAGAUAGUGUUUGACUUGUACUGCAGUUCCAUUAACCCCAGCCUGCUAUCCAGCAUGUUUGCUGAGCUCUGCUCUAGAUGGGGUAACAGCCCCCCAGCGAAACCUCGGCUGUUGGUCUUCUCUUGGCAAGGAGAGGAGCCAGGUAAUCAAGGCACGACAUGUCUGUGCUGACAGAGCACCACAGCCUCUCAGUGGGCUGCUGUGUUGCUCUGAAUUUCAGUUCAAAUUGGUCCGAAUUGGAAGGCGCUGACGUUACACUGGCCUUUGAGAAUCGCCCUUCACCUGUGGCGUGGCCAUUCCCAGAAGGCAUGCUGGGUUGUGCAAUAUUGGCUGGUGGUUUUGAUUGCAUAUCCUCUCCUCUCCAAGGAGUCAGUUGCAGUAACCUUGUUCUAAGGGCGGUAGUAUCUUGGUUUGCUACUGAAAAAGGCAACUAUACUAACCAUAGGACUCCAGAAUUUAAAUCACUAAACCAACACAGUAACUGUGAUGACUGGUAAUCCCAGGAGCCAUUUAAAGCAGAGAUCACAAAGAUGUGCUGAGCUGCAUUUCAUUUCCGCACUGUCAGGACUCGGCAGAAACCUGCGUUAUGAGGCAUUAUUUCAAGUGAGCUGGAAGGUGCCAUCCCCGCCACCGAGAACCAUCACAGCACAUUAUGCAAGUGAAGUGCACUAAAUGUCACCCUCUGUCCUCCUGUUUUCUAGGGAGCUUACCGUGGCUCAUUAAAAACUCCACCGUAGUCAGACUUCUCUCAUUUCUGUAGGAGAUUUUAUAUUGAGCUGAGUGUGGGAAACAAGCCUCUCGUUGGGCCUCACCGCUGUCUGGGCACCUCCAUGUCUUUUAGAAACCAAAUUGCCCCGACUGCUGGUUGCGCUCCGUUGUGGCCCAGUGCCGGUGUUCGCAAUCCAUUCUUUCCAAUUAAUCCCAAUUAACAGUUACAAAAUGGUACUAUAUUCUCAAUGACAGUGAUUUUCGACAGGCUGGCUCAUAGAUCAUACACCAGUCUGCGCUCUGAUGCAGCGCAGCGUGGAGGAGCUGUAGGUUACUUCUCUUCCCAGUAAACAUCAGGUCCAUGUCCAAUCCCAUGUUGUCACUGUCGGGGGAGGGAGGGGGGCCAUACGAGAUCUUGGUCAGGUAACAAAUCUGUGUAUCUUUUUGAUGGAAAAAGCACUGAAUUCACUUUGAAUCCAAAGGCCUUUUUAAGAUGAAGCAAUACUAACGAAAGAGGUGACGGCUGUUCGAUGAGCUGGGGUCCUAAAGCCUUUGUCCUUCUUUCCAUUUGACUGCGCUGCUGCGUUCCCCGUUUCCCUCACGUGGGAGCACAGAGUGUUUCUGCAGGGAGCGUAACGAUAAGGAGAGCUGCAGGCUGAGUCACUUGGUAGAAGAACAUUUCCUUCCGUGUCCAGCAGAGCGUGGUAUCCUCCAACGCAGGAUCAGCGCGCGCGAGCUCACGAGCUGCAGCGCGUCCUGGGAUUUGAUUUGCCCACCAUGCAUUGACCGGGGACCCCUGCUUUCCAAUUACGCAUCGCUCCUUAGACAUCCAGUGGCGGAAAGGAUUUCACUGUUACAAGUACAGUCGUUUGUUUUUAAAAACCACUUAAAUCUCAGAAAAGAUUCCUCCCGGUUUUUCUGUCGUGCUGCACAAGCGUUGGCCACGGCUUUGGGCGCCCAGCUGGGGACGGCUGCUUCCCUGGGGUGGCUGCUACAGGAGCGCUGCCUUGGCCCCAUUGCUGCCCGUGUCCCUUCUUCCUUCCCCAACAUCUCUGCCCUCGUUGGAAUUUGUAGGGCGCUGGGAAGCGGGUCCGUGUGGUACCCCAGGGAGAGCAGCAUCUUCCCUUGCCUUGUUAACUCGAGCCUUGAAGGGAAGCAUUACGGCAACGUGAUCCUCCAUGAGACACGUUGAUUCCCUUCGGAGGCAGAUCCCCCAGCGUAGCCCAGCUUAAAGGCUGUCGCUGGUUACAAAAGAAACUGAAAAAGUCGGUACUGCCUCAAAGAAAAGCCAGGAGGUUUUGCUGGCGAAAUCGGAUCGGUUCUGUUCACACCUCAGCAUUUACCUGUGUAACUCUUCGGGGCCGACAGGGUUGCUCCAGGCAGGGAAGGGGAGGUGCUGAGGGAGCAGCACACGCUGCUGCCUUGUGUUGAGUGUCUGCACGUUCCCAGUGUUUUCUGAAGCCACGACUGACCCUCCCUGCAGCUCCAGCUCCUUGCUGCCUAUAUGUUUUGCAGCACGCCGUUUGGUUUCUGCAGCACGUCCAGCUGUUGCACGAGGAACUGAGCUGAGCUGGGCCGGGUUUGGACACAGGGUGACCACAGAGAGCUGCCGGGCUGGAUGGGAAGCGUGGGCAUCUCACGCCACGACUUGGAAGUUUACAACUGUUCAGUGCCUUAGUUCUAUUUCAACCGACGAGCACUUUUCUUGGGCUACUUUUACUCUGUUCCUUUUUCAGAUAGUAAAUUCUUUUAACUGCAUGUCUUUGCUUUUACCAUAUGCGACAAGCUACUAGGUGGAACUUGGUGGAGUAGCAUCCACAGGUUUGCAAGAGGGCAUUAAGCAGUCAGGAGAUCGUUAGGGAUAACGGAGCUCGGUGUAGUGACCGAUAGAAGCACAGGUCUGCCUGAAGCCUUGAAAGCUUUGCAUGUUUCACAGUGCUGGUUGGUGAAUAGCAUGUUCUAGAAGGGGGACGUCCUGCAGCCCGUGUAGCAGUGCUCCCUGCUGGCCUCACCUGUGUUAAACAUAGUUUAAAACAACAGACUUUUGGAGCCCAGGUAUUAAGUAAUGGCAUUCGACAGUAAAUGCCGUGGUUUUCCUGGGUAUGGUGGUGGUGGGUGGAUGGUUGGAUCUGAUGAUCGCAGAGGUCUUUUCCAACCUCAAUGAUUUUAUGAUUCUAUAACAAAUAAGAUCUGAUGCUAAAUGUUUUACAAAGCCUAAUGUCAAACUACGUUUGUGGCAGCAAAAGCAGCUUGAGUAGGAAGAGAUGCUCAGGUUUGUACUUUCCCUCUUGAGCCACAAUCCAAGUCCUGCAGCAUGAGAACUACAAAUACAAACUGAGCAAUGGAAUUUAACUUUCCAGUGCAAAAAAAAAAAAAAAAAAAAAAAACCUGCCUUGUUCAAGCUGUUUUAAUGGAGGAGUGAAAGCAACUCUGCAGAUGAGCUAAGGAUAUGGGUUGGUAGCACAGGGAAGGAAAUGUGUGUGGAAUUUUAAUGCCCUUCUUAAAUCAAAAGGAAAGACCAACGUGCUGAGCAGCUGCAGGGUCAGCGGAGUUGUGUAUUGCACGGUGUCCAAGAGCUGCUGGGGGCACAAGCUGCUGGCCAGGUACCAGUCCCAGCUGGGAGGUGAGCCCCCAGGUUGGGACUCAGGGGGGACCUUCACAUCCUGGGGCUGCACCCUGCCCAGCAGGAGCUGCCUCAGUCAGAGCCGGGCACUGGCCCGUCUGUGCCAGCCAGGCUCAGUCCAGCUGCGGUUCUGAGCCGCUUGGGGGCUGGCACCACGCUGGCCUGGAGCCCUCCCACCUCCUUCCAGUGAAGGAAAUGUUGGGUGUUGUUCAGGGAAGUGCCCGGAAGACCCGUGGUCGCUCUGUGUUGGAUGCUUGAAGCCCUGGGAAGCUCCCGUCUUCUUGGGGUUAGCUCAGGCUCAGCUGUCCAAAGCCCUUCCCCAUGCAGUCGUGGCCAGGUCAGCCCAGGAGCGUGCUGGGCUCUACCCUGGGCUUCCAGCUUCCAAAAUCCCACUCUGGAGGUGCAGGAGGAUGCAGGGAGUUCCCGUGUGGGGUUGGCAGUUCCAUUGCUGGGGAACCAGAGUCCAACUGGGAGAGCGUCUGAGGUGCGUGCUGCGAUCACAAUAUCCGCAGCUGUGUUCCUUGACUAGAGUUGUUUUUUUUUUAAUGCUAUACAUUUGAUAUAACUGAAGAUCAAUUUUAAGAGCUUACAGUAAUAUAUUUUAAGUAAUAUAUAUUUUAGUAUCUGUAAAAAAAAAAAAAGACAAAGGAUGAUUUAUGAACUAGAUGAACAGGGUAUGGAGAGUACGCAGUUUCUCAGCAAGGCCACAAAGAGUUUGACUAGCAGGAGAACUGGAAAGAUUCCGUUUGUCCAUUGAUGCAAUAAGAGUGGGAGUUCUUAAAAAGAAGAAAUCCAAUACUGUUUACCACAAGCUUUCCUGGUUUUGACAACAGGCCUGUAAACGCAGCUCGAAGAUACUGAACCUUUGUCUGUCUUUCGCCUUUGUAAAAGGGACUUAAAUUGGAAUAGAGGGUAUGUACAGAAAAAUCCAGUUGACACCAUUUUAAAAUGUAUUUUUACACAAAUAAUAUAGAAAAAUCAUAUUUUACGUAAGAAUUUUAAGUAUUUGAAAUAUGUAUAUAUAUAUACUGUAUGUACUUCAUAUAUUCUUUAUUUUACAUUUUCAAUGUAUUAAAAGUAUUUGAGCUGGUUGGA